AUUUAUAGGAAGAUGAUCUUUAGUUGUGACUAGAAUUAUAGUGUUCAACCAGGUUUUGUAUGGUAACCUAUAAUUCUAGUUUCUUCCCAUGAUUGCCAUUGCCACAGCUACUCUUAAACCAUUCAUACUUCAUAACGCAAACAUUUGCAAGAAAUCUCUGCAUACAAAUACUAUAACCAAUCCCAAGUCCGCUCUGAGAUUCCCACUUACUUCUCUACAAUGUGGAGCCAUUUUGCAAUCACUCACCAACACCAAAUCAACUGCACAAGGCCGGAAACUCCAUGCCUGUAUGCUCACAUGUGGAAAUCUUCAAAACAAUACCUAUCUCAGCUCCAAACUUGCUGCAUUUUAUGCCGCUUGUGGUCGCAUGAUAGAAGCCCAAGUGAUAUUCGAUGGGGUUGCUUUGAAAAAUUCCUUCCUGUGGAAUUUUAUGAUUAGAGGUUAUGCUUCUGGUGGUAUUAUUGCUUACAAGGCCCUUGCUAUGUAUCGUAAAAUGCUAAGAUUAGGAAUUGUUGACAAUUUUACUUUCCCUUUUGUUCUAAAAGCGUGUGGUGAUCUGGGUCUUAGUGAAAUGGGAAGGGAAAUUCAUACUCAGGUGGAGGUUUGUGGGUGGGAUUCAGAUGUUUAUGUGAACAAUUCUCUUCUAGCAAUGUACCUGAAGUUUGGGAAUUUGGAUGUUGCAAGGAAGGUGUUUGAUAAAAUGCCCGACAGGGAUACAACUUCUUGGAAUACUCUGAUUUCGGGUUACGUGAGGAACAACAAUGCAAUGGAAGCUUUAAUGAUUUUUUAUCUAAUGGGAAAGGCUGGGUUGAAAGCAGAUGGGACUACUUUGCUUGCACUCCUCUCUGCUUGUGUUGAUUUGGCUGCCAUUAAGCAGGGGAAGGAGAUCCAUUGUUAUGCUAUACGCAAUAAUUAUGUUUCUUCGAAUGAGUUCCUGAUGAACUCGCUGAUUGAUAUGUACUCAAAUUGCAAUUCUGUUGCUGUUGCUAGGCAGUUAUUCGAGGAGUUGAAAAUUAAAGAUACUGUAUCAUGGAAUUCUAUAAUUUCAUGCUAUCAACGAAGUGGAGAUGCUUUUGAAAGUUUAAGACUUUUCUGUCAAAUGCUAAUCGAAGAAACAGCAGCUCCGGAUGAGAUAACUCUCGUGGCUGUCCUAGGUGCUUGUGAAAAGAUUACAGCCCUGCAAUUUGGGAAGUCAGUCCAUUCAUAUCUGACUAAGACAGGGAUUUUCUUAAAUUCCUUUUUAGGAACUGCCCUUAUAGACAUGUAUGCUAAGUGUGGAGAAUUAUCUUGCUCUCACCACAUCUUUUGUGAGAUGACUCAGAAGAAUAUGGUUGCUUGGAGUGCUAUGAUUGCAGCUUAUGGAAUUCAUGGCAGGGGAAAAGAGGCUAUAUCCGUUUUCAAUGAAAUGACAGCAAAUGGCAUUAGUCCAGAUGAGGGUGUUCUAACUUCUGUUCUAUCAGCAUGUAGCCAUUCAGGCUUGGUUGAUGAGGGUAAAAAGAUUUUCAAUGAAAUGACCAUCAAGUAUGAUAUCAAACCGGGACCUGCUCAUUACUUAUGUUUGGUAGAUCUUCUUGGCAGAGCAGGGCUACUGAAUGAAGCAUACGAACUGGUAAAGCGUAUGGAAGUCGAACCAUCCGCUGAUAUAUGGGCUGCACUCCUCUCUGCUUGUAGGCUUCAUCGAAACAUUGUGUUGGCAGAGAUUUCAGCUCAAAAUAUUUUCAGAACGAAUCCAACAAGGGUUAGUAGCUACAUCUGUCUUUCCAAUAUUUAUGCUGCUAUGAAACAAUGGACUGCUGUGGAAAAAGUGAGAACUACAAUGAGGAAUUAUGGAUUGAAGAAACCAGCGGGGUACAGCUCAAUUGAACUUGAUAGCCAGGUUCAUAUGUUCUUUGUUGGAGACAAGUCACACCAACAAACAAAAGAUAUAUAUGCUAAACUGAAGGAUAUAAGUUGGCGACUCAAGGAGAAAGGGCACAAGCCCGAUACUAGUUCAAUUUUAUAUGAUGUCAAUGAAGAGCAAAAGGAGAAGAUGCUUUGGGAUCAUAGUGAGCGAUUGGCUAUUGCUUUUGCUCUUCUAAAUACCCCUCCAGGGACCAAAAUUAGGAUUACUAAGAAUCUUCGAGUAUGUGCAGAUUGCCAUACAGUAACAAAAUUGAUAUCGAAACUCACGGAUCGAGAAAUCGUCAUGCGUGAUAACCACAGGUUUCACCAUUUUAUUGAUGGCAUUUGUUCUUGUGGGGAUUUUUGGUAAUUACUGUGUAACUUUGUUUCAUGUCAAAUUUAUUCAAUAACAACAGGUUUUCACGGAUAGUGGCAG